AUGGACAACGGAGUUUCCAUCCUACAAUCCAGCUCGGCUGAUCACCCGGACGGUUCGAGUGCGUUUGCAUCGUCAGCUGCAAUCGCACAUUCGUGGGAUGACGAACAGAAGAAGCGCACCACCGAUGUUACCGCACCCAUCUCCCUUGAUUCUAGUCUGGACCAUUUGACUGAUAUGCGGUUUGCGGAUCUCCAAAUCUCUCCCGCCGUCUUGAAGGGGUUGGCUGAUGCUGGGUUUUCUCGUCCAUCUCCGGUGCAGUUGAAGGCCAUUCCGCUCGGACGAUUGGGAUUAGAUCUGAUUGUUCAGGCCAAAUCCGGGACUGGAAAGACCGUCGUGUUCGUGGUGGUCUUACUAGAUGCUGUCGAUCCACAACGGCCGGCUUUGCAAGCUCUGGUGCUCUCUCCAACCCGUGAAAUCGCUCUACAAUCACAAAUCGUGAUUCAGCGCCUGAGUGCCCAUCUGCCCGGCUUAAAGUGUCAGCUGUUCGUUGGGGGACUGCCCAUUGCGGACGAUCUGCGACAUCUUCAUCAGUGCCACAUAGCAGUCGGUACUCCCGGACGCAUACGUUAUCUAAUCGAGACCGGCUACAUGGCGGUUGACCAAGUUCGUCAUUUGGUGCUAGACGAGGCCGACAUCCUUUUGGCCGGAGGCGCCGAGGCAUCCGUCACCGGUGGCAGUGCCAACAAUGCGUUUCCAGCCGAUGUGAAUUACAUUUGGUGGAGUCUACCUGAGAGUAAACAAGUCAUGGCUUUCUCCGCCACGUAUUCGGACUAUUUGGCUGAGGCGCAUCUGCAGCGCUACACCAACAACCCCGCUCUGAUUCGGCUCAGUUCGCACGAUCCGGCUUUAUUGGGUGUGCGGCAAUUCUUCUGCCUCGUUGAAGUGAAAGAUCGUUCUCCUGCCUCAGUAUUUGCAGCCAAAGUGUCCAAAUUAUGUCAACUCUUCAAUUCACUAGAGUUUCAACAGUGUCUCAUCUUUUCCAAUUUUCACAGCAGUUGGCCUGAUUGUUGUUUCUCCUCCGUGUCCUAUCUAGGUGUGCGACAAUUCUUCUGCCUCGUUGAAGUGAAAGAUCGUUCUCCUGCCUCAGUAUUUGCAGCCAAAGUGUCCAAAUUGUGUCAACUCUUCAAUUCACUAGAGUUUCAACAGUGCCUCAUCUUUUCCAAUUUUCACAGCAGUGCGCAGGACCUGUGCGACUCGCUCCGUUCACGGGGUUGGCCAGUUAGCUACAUUUCCAGCACGCUUGAUCAGGAUCAACGGUUUCGCGCUUACAACAGUCUCCGCUCCUUUCACUGCCGCGUCCUUGUCUCCACUGAUUUGACCUCACGUGGUAUUGACGCAGAAAAUGUCAAUCUUGUCGUAAGCUUGGAAGUACCGUGGGAGCCUGAAAUUUAUGUCCAUCGUGUUGGCAGAGCCGGUCGUUUCGGUAGCUAUGGCGCUUCUAUUAUGAUAGUGAGCGAUCUCCCCGAAGAGCGACAACUACUCAUGCGCCUUCAAUCGAAGUGCCCCACACAAAUCGUUCAACUGCCAGAUCCGGUUCCUGCCGAUCUGGCCGCUCCUGAUUGCGCCAUUGAUCUGGACAGCCUUGUCACCGUAGUCAAUUGCGUCAACAGUUCAACUGGUCAAUCCAAGCCCCCUGCUGGUUUUAAGACAUCUUCCUCUCGGCAGAAGCGGGAGUCACCACCUGAACCUCCUUCAUACGUCGUGGCGCCUGAUGGAGAUCCACCGAUGGUGCACAACAAUACCAAUGUGACAAAAUUCGAGAACCAGUCCACCAAGGCGCACUCCGCUUCAUCUUGGUCUCAGUUUCCUCACAAACUUACCCAGUAUUUGGAUGCAGUAAAUACUCUGGAGGUCGGACAAGUUCCGAACGAUUCUCCUCUGAUUUCCACGCUGAAUCAACUUGAGGCUGAGUUGCUGCAGGAACUGGGCGAACAUUGUGCCAACGGCUUCACUCAGUUCACAAACGCUUACCCAACUGAAGAAGCACAGGACACGAAGCUGUCUCAUGUGGCUCCAUCUGCGGUCACGAAAGAGCUUCCUAGAAAAGAGCCACCCAAACACAGGCGCGAACCCACGCCGCCUUCGGAGAACUGUGCCAACCUCGAGGAGGGGACCAAUCCACCGCAUGGAACUGCAACGGCGGAAUCAGCGCAAUUUCAGUGGUCAGCGCAACAGCUAUCCGCUUGGUAUGAGUAUCAAAAACUGAUGCAGUACGCACGAUGGUACCAUGCGGCUUGGGCGUCUGCAAUGGAACAGUACAACUCGGCGGUGGAACGGUUGAAUCAAGCAAGAAUCGCUGAAACAGCUGACCAAUCUACAGACAGUGAGGACGUGUACGAUUAA